AUGAGCUUGGGCAGCGCGCUAUGUACCUGGUCAAGCACAGGACUGACUGAAGCAGGUCUGCCAUUGGCAAAGCAGACUUACAAGGAAACGAAUCCAACCUCAACUCAAGACAUCUGCUCUCUUUCGUUAAUCUGGGCAAAAGACCCUCUCCUUGUAAGUCGAGCAUCUUCAAACCUCCGCUGGCCUUUCCUCCUGGGCACGCUCUCGCCGCUCCUCUUUUGCAUCGCUCCGGAAGUCCUAGCUCGCAUGCUUAAAAGCUCGAUGGUCUCGGGUCGUCUAUCUCCCUUCGUGGCCCCUCGCGGAACUAGAGGAAACUGUUCGAGAAUUCGGAGCAUUCUGCUCCAUUAUGGAGAGGCCUCUGGCCAG